GUAGCCCAAACAAAGUAUUGUAGAGAGAGAGAGAGAGAGAGAGAGAGAGAUGAGAGGAAAAGGGAGAAAGCAAAUAUUGGUGGGACUUGGUCUUGUUAUGAUUAUGGGUUUAGCUGUUUACUUAAGGCUUUGGACUAUUGACUACCGUUUCUCUGCUAAUGAAACUGAAUUACUUAGGAGACAGUUUGAUCUUGCCAGUAGAGAAGCAAUGGACGAAUCUGCAGUGUGGAGGAAAAGAUAUGAUGACGAGGAAGUGAAAUCUACCAGCUGCCAAAAGGAACUGAUUAAGCAGUUAUUGAAGGAAGACGGUGCUGCUAGCAGCAAGAAGAAGUUGGACAUGUUGCAAAAGGAAAACAUUGACUUACUUGAACGACUCGAAUCUUUGAAACAAGAGCUUGAAUCUGAGAAGUUGAAAUGUAGUAUGAGACAGAUAUGACUUCACUGGAAGCCUGGUGGUCUGAAGAACAUUCGGAAGUUGAUUACUUGCCAAAUUAAUCUAACUGCAGGAUUAUCGUUCAUGGGCAGUCCUUAACCAAAUUCACCCGAUUGGUUCAGAAUUUUGCUAGAUUAUGCUUUCCGAGAGGCAUGCCAGUGCGCAUGUAUUUGGAUGUGAAUUAGAUACAUUGGUUAAACGAUGGGUUGCAGCUUCCAUCCAAGUUUUGGCCUCCCUAGAUUAGGUUAUGGUCCAUUUGAAGGGACUGAAUACUCUCUUUUGUUGAUGAUGAUUGUUAGUUCUUGUGAAGUCCACACAAGCAUUUUGUUAAAUCUUGAGUUGUGUAGAUUUGACCAAAAGAAAUGCUUCCAGGAAGUGAAAUUACUUUGUUCAAUAGAAUUAUUAGUCAGUGCUUGUGAGGUGAUUAUUAGUUCUUUUACAUUAUAAUGUGUAUGAAUCAAUUUUUCGACACUGCCAAAAAUUUGAUAAUUAGUUGAAAGCAUUUGAAAAA